UAAAUAUACUUGUGGAUUCAUUGAUUUCGGCGCAGAUGGCCUCCUCGGAAAAGCCAACGACAUUCUACAGAAUCUCAAAAAAAUUAAUUAAGACAGUAGGAUAAAGAGCAACUCUUUCGUGAAUUUAGUUGUGGCCCUGAAAAGGGCCGUUUGAGUAAAUUAGUUCACUGUGGAAUCAUCAUCAUCCGGUUGAUUGAGUAUGAAGCUCGCUUUUAAGUUUCCUUUUGUAAACAAACGGAAGUCGAGUAGAGAUAAUUCUACUUUCCGCUUCCGGCACAGGAGGCAGAGAAAUUACAUUUCCCGCGAUCAGAGGCAACUGGCCCAUUAAUCCUGGACAAAUGCCCAAAUCGCGCUGCUUGGCCAUAUCAGUUGAGCUGUUGCUGCUGCUAAUGCGUCUGCUGGAACGGUUGACGAUGAAAUGAGAAUCGCUCGAGCGACGAAAAACUCUUUUAUACAAUUUCUGAGCGGUACAUUUCCCGUUUGGUGGUACACGCUGAUUGGGUUCGAUGCGUCGAGCUUCCCUUCCGCGGACGUUCGAUUCAAGUACCUAAAAUCGUCUCGGACUUAGCAAAAUUGAACCAACCCCGAGACCACAAAUUCGACAGAAAAUCAACCGGAGCGCGCUGAAAAUGGACAUCGGACCGCCUUGACAGCAGGCAAAACCAGUUUUGGGACCACGGAUGGCCAAACCUGCGCGUGAUACGGUCGUUGGAAACGAUAAUUGUCCCUUGUUCCGUGCCCACCUGGUUCGGUUGAGUUUCCACCGGAGCGAAUAGAAAAUGGGCAGCAGCGAAAAUCAACAGGUGAUGCGCCAAGUGGAAAGAAAAGUCCACCUUCCUCCCUCCCUCCCUUCCUUUCCUCCUCCAUCACAUCCUGCAGUGCUGUGCAUUUCGGGUUCCGUGGAGGAUUUCCUCCAUGCGAUGCGAAAAAUUCAAAAAACAAAACGGUCCUUCUUAGGGCCAAUAAUUUAAUCACGAAAGAGUUUCUCGACUUAUACCCGAAAGGGUAAUUAAUCAAUCAGCUUGCAUUUCAAUGAGAGUAGCAAAUGCGCACACAUACACACUCCCCGUAUGAUUGUACACGCUGAUUGGGUUCGAUGCGUCGAGCUUCCCUUCCGCGGACGUUCGAUUCAAGUACCUACAAUCAUCAUACCCAAAAAUCAUACCCAAAACAAAAUCGACUAGCGAGGAUGUCACAACACCUGGCGAAUCAUCGCAAGCGAAGGCGCGAGGAGAGUGCGCGGGAGGAUGGAGUGGUGGCACCACUGAGGCAAGCCGAGACGAUCGCUGAUCGUGACGAGGAGGAGAUGGAGGACGACGUGGAGCAGAUGGUGGCGGAGGCAGAGGAGCGCCAAACGCCGGUGCCCCGGAAGAAGAGCACGGAGCGCGUCAGAGCUUUCCGAAUGCGGGAAAAACUGAGAGCGCAAGCUGUGCACGAUGCGGAGGGAGCAGAGGAGUCGAAAAAAGCGGUUCCGCGGAUGACGAGCACUGAGCGCGUUCGAGAAUUCCGAAGGCGGAAGAACCUGGAGAGGGAAGCGGAUCUUGGAGGUACUGUUGGGGCCUUAAACCUGGAACCGAUGCCCGGCGGGAGUAGGGAUCCUGUUCGAUUUUUCCCACGUCCCGACCCGGUCCAGAUUCCAGCGCGCUCUAGAGGGGGCACGUCCCGGGCCGAUUCCGGGAGAAAUCUUGCUGGUGGCAAGCCAGAUUGCGCGAAGGCCGACAUUGCUUUUCACAAAAAGUUUACCAACAACAAACUGGGUGAUUAUUGCAAUGUUUGUGAACGCAUCUGGUUCAGCAAUGACUUGAGGUCCAUCACAAGCGAUGGCGGGAGAGUGUUGGUCGAGGCAGGCCACUUUGAGUCAGUCGCGGGAUUCAAGGUGUGCCAGACCUGCCACAACUCACUGAGGAAUGGAAAAGUACCCACUUUGUCCACAUCGAACGGAUUUACCUACCCGGAGAAGCCAGCGAACCUUCCACCACUGGAUCCGAUCACCGAGCGGUUGAUUGCGCCAAGGCUGCCGUUCAUGCAAAUUCGUCGGCUCAGUCAUGCGCGAGGAAGCUACACAAUCAUCGGGCAGAUCAUAAAUGUCCCUGUUGAUGUCAACGAGAUGGUUCGGAUGCUUCCGCGUCAAUUGGAGGAUGAUUACGCCUUUAAUGUUUGCAUUAAAAAGCAAUUGAUCCACAAGUCUAACUACCUGCAGGGAUAUGUCAAGAAGUCUGUCGUAAAAGCUUGGCUUCGCUAUCUUAUCAACACUCCGUUGUAUAAGCGCGAAGGUAUCGUUUUGGAUGAAAGCCUCAUGGGACCAGAUGUACCAGAAGGUACUGACGGUGAGGAACUGAUUGAGCUGGAAGUAUCGGAAGUCGUGGAUGUCCCAAGAGAUGUCCCAAGAAUUCCCCAGCAGAACGACCAAAUUGCACUUGACGUACUCGAAACUGAAGCGGAAUUGUUCACAGGACAGCAACAGACCGUCUUCUGGAACGAGGACAUGAGUCUUAAUAUUGCUCCUGGUCAGAACCGAAUGCCGACUUCCAUCGUGUACGAUCAGUAUGCAGAAGAGCUUUCUUUUCCCGGAAUCUACCAAGGAAAAAUGCGAUCGUACAGGAAAGGGGUUCGCGUAACUCCUUACGAUAAGGCUACCAGUGAAACUAGACGACGUGACCGGCGUGGAGCAAAGCCGACUCACAUCCUGUACAUGGGUGUUAAGAUCAUGCGUCUUCGGGUUCACGAUGGAGUUUCGAGCACCUUUAGGGUCCAAGGUACGAACAAUGUGACCCGUGCUCAACUCAGUGACCCGCAGUUCAUGCAGUGCCUUAUCGAGAGGAACUUCGCGUGGCUGAAAUCGAUCCCGAACUCGGCAUUGUACUGGCAGAUACGGGAGAAAGAUUUGUUCGCCAUGAUUCGACAGCUGGGAAAGCCGACGGUUUUCUUGACAAUGAGUGCUAACGAGACUCACUGGCCCGAACUGCUGAAGAUACUGUACAAGCUCUCGGAUCAAGAGAACAGGAUCGACUUGACCGAACCGAUGGAGCAACUAACAGCACUUCAAAGAGCAGUAUUGGUCAGUGAAGAUCCAGUCACGUGCUGCCUCUAUUUCAAUAAGCUGAUCGAAGUCAUCCUCUUGAUCUUGGGUUCGAAAACUCAUAGCCCGUUCGGGAAGUACUACGUCGUCGAUUACUUCAAACGGAUUGAGUUCCAGCAUCGCGGUAGUCCCCACUGCCAUGCAGUGCUUUGGCUCGCCAACGAUCCCAAGGAACCUGCUUCCGAGCACAUGCCUGCUACUCUGGAACUGAUCAACACCAUCACUUCCAUUAGAUUCGAGGACCUUCCCACUCAGACGGCUACUAAGCAGGUUCAUCGUUGCACGUUCACUUGCACAAAGCGAGGGGAAAAGCGCUGUCGGUUCAAUAUACCGUACUGGCCUAUGAAGGAACAACGGGUCCUGCUUCCUCUUAAGGCUGACGACAGUCGCCGCAAAGAGUUGAAGAAACGCGCUGAGGCGUGAUGUGUGAAAAUGCGUGAUGUCCUGGCAACAAUGGUAUUCGAUACGAUUGAGGACUAUCUGGCCCACUGCGAGUGUACAUACGAGUACUACCUGGAUGUAGUUCGUGCAUCGCUGAAACAGCCUACGGUCUUCUACAAGCGCUCGAUGGAUGAAAAGGAACUGCGAACGAAUCCGUUCAACGCAUGGAUUGCGGACAAGCUGCGUUCGAACAUGGAUCUCCAGUUUAUUGUUGACGAAAAGAAACUUUGCCACUACCUGGUAGAGUACGUCAACAAGUCCAAUCGUGGUGUUAGUGGAUUGCACCGAGAGCUGAUCCUCAUGCAAGAGCAGAACCCCGAGAUGGACUACGGCGAGAUGCUGAAGAAGAUCAGCCUGAAGAUGCUUGGAGCUGUGGAGAUGUGCGCUCAGGAAGCAGCCUGGUUCCUACUGCGAUUGCCGAUGUCCGAGGCAAGUAAGAAAGUUGAGUUCAUUCCAACUGCGUGGCCUCAAGACCGGACAAGAAGCAGGAAGCAUUUCAAGACCAUGGAUGCAGAAGGAGUUGGCGAUGACUCGACUGAUGUGUGGAACAAGAACAUCAUCGAGAAGUACGAAGAGCGUGAAGGCCUGGAAGACGUCUGCUUGGCUGAGUUCGUAGCUUGGUAUUCUCAGGAAAGAGGUAAAAACAGCUACAAGAAAAGGACACAGCCAAGGGUGCUGCGUUGGCGCGGAUUCGGUAUGAGCGAGCUUACUGAGUAUAAGCGCGAAUCUGUUCUUCUGUUUCUGCCAUUUCGUAAUGAGGUGGUGGAUGUUCUCGACCAGAAUAAGUUCCUCCAGUUGUACGAUUUGCAUGAGGAACAACUCUUGGCAAAGCGUAAGGAAUACGACUGUGAGUUGAAUAUGGAGCAAACGGUCGAGGAGUAUCUGCGCACUAUUGCGAACUUGGAUGAUGGAGCGGAGAACAACGCAGCAACCGAAAAGCACGACGAGCUGGUGCGGACAGUCAUCAUGCAGCCGAAUAAUGAUGACUUUGAGCUGCUGCCCACAAGAGGUUUAAGAUCUGUCAUCAAGCAACGCACAAACGUGUUGUCGAAGGAGGCAUAUUGUGAGAUGAUGCGAGCUACGAAUGCAGAGCAACGGGCAUUGAUUCUGCACGUAAUCCAUCUGAUGCAUUGCUACGAAGAGCACGAGCCGCUGCAGGUUUUCUUGACCGGUCCGGCAGGAAGCGGCAAAACCUUCGUAUUGCGUGCGCUUAUGGAAACGAUCAAUCGGUACAGCCAAACUCACAACUCCCGCGACAACGCGUAUGUAGCUUCAGCUUCGACUGGAAAAGCAGCCAGCGCAAUUGGUGGAACCACCCUGCACCACGCUUACCACAUCACCAUGUCUCGCCAGGCAACGAAGAUGAAUUUCGAAACGCUCCAGAUGUACAGGAACGAGAUGCAGAAUAUCAAGUUUCACAUCAUCGAUGAGGUCAGCAUGGUUGGCGCCCACACCCUGAAUACCGCAAACAUACGCCUCCAGGAUGUUUACAUGAUCUAUGAUGUUCCAUAUGGAGGUGUGAAUGUGUUGGUGAGUGGAGAUUUGAUGCAGUUGCCCCCAGUCAAUGCUCGCGCCGUGUUCAAGCCUCCGUCUAACACCAUAUGUGGCGCUGUGGUGUGGCAAUCGUUGAUGUUUCACGAGCUCAAACGGGUUAUGCGUCAGGCGGAUAAGCAGUUUUCGGACAUUCUUACCAAGAUUGGUAAUGGGCUGAAACUGACCGCCGAUGAAACCAAACUGAUCGAGAGCCGUUUCUUCACAAAAGAGGAUCUGAGCAAGGAGGACACUGGCGGGGCGGUACGACUGUUCCAUCGGAACAUUGACGUAACCAGCUACAACAACGAAGCGCUGAGAAACAUUGACGGGCUAGAUUGCACAGCAGACGACACCUUUGUGGGAUACAAGACUGCAGAGCAACUGGCAACUGCUCGUAUCAAACUCUACAAGAUGAAUCUGGCUGAAACGGCAGGUUUGCAGUAUACAACUAAGUUCUGUCCUGGAAUGCCUUACAUGGUCACCACAAAUGUCAAUGUGGAAGAUGGCAUAGUGAAUGGUGCAAUUGGGGACUUGAUGUAUGUCGAAGAGGGUGUUGAUGACUCAGAGGAUCGCAUCAUGAGACUUUGGAUCAAAUUUGAAAACGCGCAGAUCGGGAUCAUUGCGAGGAAAGAGGUGGAGCCUAUGAUACGCACACGACCCGACAUCUUGCAGUCAGAUUGGACUCCAAUCGUGAAGCGAUCCGCAAACAUCGAUCUGGGUAACCGCAUUAAAUGCAAGCGCAUACAGUUCCCGGUUGCACCAGCUAAUGCUCUUACCAUACACAAAUCUCAAGGUGGAACCUUUGAUAAGAUUGUGUACGACUAUGAUAAGUCCCAGGAUCAGCAAAUGGUGUACGUCGGUUUAUCACGUGUGAAGUCGCUGCAGGGCCUCUUUUUGACCAACUCAAAGGGAGACUUCAAGUUCCACCAUGCGAAAGGCUGUGACAGCCCAAAAAUGCGAGAACUGCGUAACGAGUACAAGCGUUUGCAGAAUCACCGUUUGCGCACCAUUGUGGACGAAGUGGGUUAGGUCUUAGAGAGCAGCGGACCUGCCACCACGUUGAUGACCAUCAACGUACAGAGUUUGAGAGCUCACAAGUUGGAUAUAACCACCGAUCCCAUACUUCCCAAGGUUCACUUUCUAGCACUGAGUGAGACGUGGCUGGAUGACCACUCCUCAGAGGAAAUAGAAGGUUUUACCUGUAUCAUCCAAUCGAAGCGGGUUGGUGUGCGAUCGGGAGGUGUUGCAAUCUACCAGAAUACGACCGAUCCGGAUACUACCUUGGCAGUCCCUCAUACGCUUGAAGUGGUGGGCAACGAACGCGACCAAGAAUUCGGCAAGGCAGAAAAGUACGGAGAUAUUUGUGCAGCAAAGGUGAUGGUGAUGGGUACUGAAGUACUGCUGGUAUCAGUAUACAUCUCCCCAGGAACCACAACGAAGCAGAAAAUAUGGUUCCUUGCUCGCAAUUUGAUUCGUACUGCCUAUGUGGAUACGCCAAUGGUGGUUACCGGAGACUUCAAUCUUGACAUCACCAAGCAGGAUAGUGCAGACUUUGUGGGUUAUAUGCGAGAACAUUUCAUGCUGAGUUUGUGCAAUGAUACGAAGAAGACGACCACACUUGGUGGUACAGCUCUUGACCUUACGUUCACAAAGAACAUGACGGCGGAGGUCACGCGGUACAUUGCAUAUUUCUCUUAUCAUCGGCCGAUGUUGUCUCUCCUAAGACCAGCAGCAUCCGAACCAUCUCAGGCGAUCUGAACAGCUGUCCUCUGCGCAUGACUGAUUGCGCACAACUAUAACCUGGAUUUGACUACAACCUGGAUUCGACUACAACAACUACAACCUGGAUUUGACAACAGCAUCUACACCAACAGAAGACAAAAAUGAAACCGAAGAAGAAAAUUUAUUGUUAAAUUCUAACCUCACUGACACUAACACACACUCACAAUGAACUGUUCAUUUAUUAGAUUAAGGUCAAAUUGAAUUCAUUGUUACUAUUGAGACAUUGACACAACUACAUAACCUCCUUCCCCUUACAAUAAUACACAAACACAUAGGGAUCCAAUGAAAUGUACAUAAUAGGUUAAGCUGAAGUGAACAGUGCAUACUUUAAAACUAAGUUAUGUUACACUU